GCUGUCAGCUGGAGGAAGCCGAGUAGGAAGCGGCCGCGAUGUCCUUUUGUGUCCUACAAGCCGCCGGCGGCGCCGAGUGAUCAGCAGCACCAUGUCUGGCCGGGAACGAGGGUCGGAGCCUCUCUAUAUCAAGGCAGAGCCUGCCAGCCCAGAUAGUCCUCGGGGCUCCUCGGAGGCUGAGCCCGAACCACCGCCUGCCCGGCCUCCUGGCCCUGGCCCCGCUCGGCGACGACUCCCCACGGGCAGGGAAGAGGAUGAGGAAGGGGAGGGCACGGGGCUGGGUGAGAGGGGUAGCGGCGGCGGUGGGGGCAAGCUGGUGCUGAGCUCACUGCCCAAGCGCCUCUGCCUGGUGUGUGGGGACGUGGCUUCUGGCUACCACUAUGGCGUGGCCUCCUGUGAGGCAUGCAAGGCCUUCUUCAAGAGGACCAUCCAGGGGAGCAUUGAGUACAGCUGCCCGGCCUCCAAUGAGUGUGAGAUCACCAAGCGGCGGCGGAAGGCCUGCCAAGCCUGCCGCUUCACCAAGUGCCUGCGGGUGGGCAUGCUCAAGGAAGGGGUUCGUUUAGACCGGGUCCGAGGCGGACGGCAGAAAUACAAGCGUCGGCCUGAGGUAGAGCCCCUGCCCUUUCCAGGACCCUUCUCCUCUGCUGCUCUGGCACCGCCAGGGGGCACUCGGAAGACAGCCCCCGUGAAUGCUCUUGUGUCCCACCUGCUGGUCGCAGAGCCGGAGAAACUAUAUGCAAUGCCUGACCCAGCAGGCCCUGACGGGCACCUGCCAGCUGUGGCUACACUGUGCGACCUUUUUGACCGGGAGAUCGUGGUCACCAUCAGCUGGGCUAAGAGCAUCCCAGGCUUCUCUGCCCUGUCGCUGUCGGACCAGAUGUCGGUAUUGCAGAGCGUGUGGAUGGAGGUGUUGGUGUUGGGGGUGGCGCAGCGCUCGCUGCCCCUGCGGGACGAGCUGGCCUUUGCUGAGGACCUGGUUCUGGAUGAGGAGGGAGCCCGGGCAGCUGGGCUGGGCGAGCUGGGGGCCGCACUCCUGCAGCUGGUUCGCCGGCUCCAGGCCCUUCGGCUGGAACGGGAGGAAUACGUGCUGCUCAAGGCCUUGGCUCUGGCCAAUUCCGACUCAGUGCACAUAGAAGACGCUGAGGCCGUGGAGCAGCUGCGGGAGGCCUUGCACGAAGCCUUGCUGGAGUACGAAGCUGGGAGGGCUGGCGGGGGCCCUGGUGGGGGUGCCGAGCGCCGCCGGGCUGGGCGGCUGCUGCUCACCUUGCCCCUCCUCCGCCAGACGGCGGGCAAAGUGUUGGCCCAUUUCUAUGGGGUGAAGCUGGAGGGGAAGGUCCCCAUGCACAAGCUUUUCCUGGAGAUGCUGGAGGCCAUGAUGGACUGAUGGGGGGAGGGCUGUUGGUCUCGAGGACA